UACACGUGACGUCGUUUUGUUUUGCUCGGCACGUCGCACGGAUGUGACGUCACUACUAUGAACAGCUGAUUGUAUUACGUCAACUAUGCGCCGCUAUUUGACAACACAGCACGAGUUUCACCCAUGGUUUCACCUUGUUGAGAAAGAUUUGUCCCAGACUCUUAACUUUAUCUAGAGUUAUCCGACAUGCCUAAAAACUGUUCGGUACCACACUGCAAGACAACGCCUGGCAAUAAAAAGAACUUCUAUAAGUUUCCUCUUCAUGACCCUGAACGACUUCAUCUGUGGCUGAGGAAUAUGGGUAAAAACAACUGGACACCCUCUCGACAUCAGUACAUUUGCCAUAAACAUUUUGCACCUUCAAAUUUUAAAGUUUGCUGGGGUGUUCGCUACCUGAAGAACACGGCGGUACCUACACUAUUCCAGAAAGUAAAGUUGCAGAGGAAAAGUGAAAGACAGGCUAAGUGGCGUUGGACAAACAAUAAUCAAAGCAUAAAGACGCUGAGAUGUGUCACUGAGACUGCUGAUGAGCAAGUUGAAAGCGGUCUACAAUUGGAUUUCAGUGAUUUGGCACAGAUCUAUGAAGAUCAAGACUCUUCUCAGACAGAAAUGAAUCCGCUGGCAUUCAAAGACCAACCAACGUCAUUACAUAAAAUUGAAGAUUUUAGUAUAGUUGGAGACUGCAACGAAAUGGUACUCCUAUCUGAAAAUCAAGAAGAUGCACAUGGCUUGACCACUUCUGGAGUAACAGAUGAACACAGAGAGGGAAUGGAGGAUAUAACCUGCGCCAUAGUGGAUUUUUCUAAAGUUUAUGAAGUUGAUCAAACUGCUGACGUUGCCUACUUUGAGAUCAUACCCAAUCUAAUUUCCACACUUCCACACUUGACAUUUAUACCAGAAACUGUUCUGUCACCAGCUUUAAGCUCUCAGCCUAUUGCCUCGACUGUGCCAAUAGUGUCUAAGUACACUCAGAGUUCAAAGGUUGUAAAGAGUCCUGACUUGGAGGAGGAGGAAGAGGAGGAUGACGUCAGGUUGGAUAGUUGCAGCUUUGAACACCAACAAGUGGAGCACUGUUACCAUAAAAACAGUGUGAGCAAGGAGCAGCUGCAGGCUACUGUGGUAGAGUUGCAGAGAAAAAUGAAGCUCCUGCAGCAGCGUCACUGCACACAUCUGGAGAAAUUGGAGGAACUGGAGAGGACCGUGGGUCAGCUGAGGCAGAGCAAGCUUCUAUAUGAGGAGCGGUUGCAGCGUCUCGAGAGGGCCUACUUCCAAGCAGAUGUAACUAUUACAGAUCCUGAACAGAUUGUGACCAUCAUCUAUGAAGAGGAAAAUCCUGAGUAUUUCUGCACAAACCUUCUAAAUGAAAAGCUUUGAGACCACUCUGUUUUCUACUGUGCCAAAAUCCAAACAAGAUUAACAAAUGCUUCUAGAUUUUUUUUAUUUUCUUUAACUUCAUAAAAUUAAGUGCAAUGGCUAUUUUGGUACAUUUUAUGUUUUGGUUAAAUUCAAAUGUAUGUGAAAAUAAAAGACCAGCCAGUACUUAUUUGCUUGAUUUAUAAAACCAAUAAUUAACAAAACACAACCAACAUAGACAUGACAUUCCCUGACUGCUGUGUGUGCAAGACGUUUGACUAAAUAAUAUGAACAUGCAAUACUGACCUACUGCUAAUUAUAUAAUGAGAAAAUAAAAGCUACCAUGAAUUUAAGC